UAACAAAUCUCUCCCCUUUCUUUCCAGUGGGUGGAGGAGAGCUUUACGCAGUUCGAGAAUGGCAUCAACUGGCGGUCGUACGUGGUGUGUGACGUGGCCUACAACAACGUCAACAACUGGCUGUGGACGCCCUUCAUCGAGCGAGGCUCCGCUAACCGCAUGUACAUCGAGGUGCAGUUCUCCAUGCGUGACUGCUCCCUCUUCCCCGGCACCGCCCUCUCUUGCAAGGAGACGUUCUCGCUACUGUACUACGAGUUCGACGCUGCCACCAAAGAGCCUCCCUUCUGGGAACCCGAGAGCUACAAGCUGAUCGACCGCAUCGCCGCUGACGAAGGCCGCUUUACCAACUCCGCUGACAUCAUCAUCAACGCCGAGGUGCGCUCCAUCCCCGUCACCAAGAAGGGCGUGUACUUCGCCUUCAGAGACCAAGGGGCGUGCAUCUCCCUCCUCGCUAUAAAGGUGUACUACAUUACCUGCCCUGAGAUCACCAAGGCCUUCACCCACUUCCUGACCACGCCCACUGGAGCUGAGGUGACGAGCAUCGAGCAGGCGACGGGCACGUGUGUCGCUCACGCCCGCGAGGAGUCCCCCCCGUCCUUCCUGUGCACCGGUGACGGCCAGUGGUCACUCCUCAACGGGGGCUGCGCCUGCCUGCCCGGCUACCAGGCAGACACCGAGAAGCAGACCUGCGACGUGUGCCCGCCAGGAAAGUACAAGGACAGUGUGGGCGCCGACGAGUGCCGCGACUGUCCGGAACACAGCGCCGCCGCCCACGCCGGAGCCUCAGAAUGCCGCUGCGACACAGGCUACUUCCGCGCCCCCAAGGACCCCCGCGGCAUGCCCUGCACACGUCCUCCCAGCAAGCCACAGAACAUCACGGUGAAUUUUGUAGACCAGUCGACAGUGAUCCUGGCCUGGCAGCCGCCGCUCAACGAGGGCGGGCGCACCGACACCUUGUACCGCGUGGUGUGCGACGCUUGCGGCAGCCACGUCUCUUACUACCCGCCGCAAAUGGCAGAUGAGAGGUUCAACGCCACGCAGGUCACCAUCAGUGGCCUCAACCCCGUCACCACCUACCGCUUCCAGGUGUUUGCCGAGAAUGGGGUAUCCAAGCAGGCCCCUGAGGCACAGUACCUGGACAUCACUGUCACCACUGAGGCAUCAGGUCGCUUUAUGGUGAUUGGCUACGAGGCUGAGGUGCCCUCCACAGUGAGCAAUGUGCGGGUGACCAGCGUGAAGAGCACAGAGAUUUCCCUGGCUUGGGAUGCUCCUAGCGACCCUUACUCCGACAUAGAGAUGUAUGAGGUUCGGUACUAUGUGAGAGACCAACACAACAACUCGUCAAGUAUCCUCACCAAGAAGGAAGAGUCAUCCCUUGUUGCAUUGAGGCAAGGGACAGAUUACGGCUUCCAGGUCCGAGCCAAGACAACACACGGGUGGGGCAAAUACUCCCCACCCAUUUACAAGAGGACAGGGCAGCUGUUAGGAACUGCCUACGUAGGAGACGAAGAUAACACUCAAGUGCGCAUCAUUGUGGGGGCAACAGUGGGAGCCUUUGUGGUGAUUGCUGUCAUCGUCAUCAUGACUCUCCUCUUCCUCAGAAGCAGGGGCACAGAUGAAUGCAACAAAAAGCAGCCAUCAGACUGCGACACAUUAGAAUACCGCAACGGCGAAGAUACCACCAACUUGUGUCAUCCUGCGUUACACCCUGCCUGCUUUAGAACUGGGCAUCUCACCCCGUGGACCCUUAACACAUCUGUGUACAUGCACGGUGUUUUGGAAAACCCACCUAUAGUCCAAACCCACACCACCGGAAGUAUGACCACUCCUCUCUUCACACAAGUUGGCCACCACAGAACCUACAUUGACCCUCACACAUAUGAAGACCCAAACCAGGCCAUCAGGGAAUUUGCCCGAGAAAUUGAUGCGUCUUACAUAACCAUUGAAGCAAUCAUUGGCGGUGGGGAGUUUGGGGAUGUGUGCAAGGGUAAACUUCAACUUCCCAGCCGACCAGAGAUGACAGUAGCCAUAAAGACUCUGAAGCCUGGUUCAUCUGAGAAAGCCCGUGUUGAUUUCCUGACGGAGGCCUCCAUUAUGGGCCAGUUCGAGCACCCAAAUGUCAUCUUCCUGCAGGGAGUGGUGACCAAGAGCAACCCAGUCAUGAUCAUAACAGAAUAUAUGGAGAAUGGGUCACUUGAUCAUUUUCUCAGGGUGAAUGACGGCAAGUUCCAGGUCCUGCAGCUUGUGGGGAUGAUGCGCUGUAUUGCCUCAGGGAUGCAGUACCUCAGCGAGAUGAAUUACGUUCACAGGGACCUGGCUGCUCGUAACGUGCUUGUAAAUGGCCAGCUUAUAUGCAAGAUUGCUGAUUUUGGUUUGUCAAGAGAGAUAGAAAGUCAUACAGAAGGGGCAUAUACCACAAGGGGAGGUAAGAUACCAGUUCGAUGGACAGCACCUGAAGCUAUUGCUUUCCGCAAGUUUACAAGUGCUUCGGACGUGUGGAGUCUUGGUAUAGUAAUGUGGGAAGUCAUGAGUUAUGGAGAGAGACCAUACUGGAACUGGAGCAAUCAAGAUGUCAUCAAGAGUAUUGAGAAGGGUUACCGCCUGCCAGCCCCAAUGGAGUGCCCCGAGGCAAUAUAUCAGCUGAUGUUAGACUGCUGGCAGAAGGAGCGCAACCAUCGUCCAAACUUUGCCUCCAUUGUGAGAACCCUUGACAGACUGAUCCGAACUCCUGAGGCACUCAACAAAGUGGCCCAAAACAGGUGUACAACAGCUCUGGGUCUGGACUCUGUGGACAUGACUCAGCUCACCUCGGUGGAGGACUGGCUUGCUUCCCUCAAGAUGAGUCGCUACGUGGACAACUUCCAGCGGACAGGCCUCACUGACCUGGAAGCUGUAGCCCGUCUCACCCAGCAUGACCUAACUCAGCUGGGGAUCACCUUAGUUGGCCACCAGAAAAAAAUCCUGCAAAGUAUACACACCUUGCGCACACAGCUGGCCGUCAACAUGUCUGAGGGCUUCCUAGUAUAGUGCCACUACUCUAACUAUGCCAUCACUUGGUACUGAGUUGGGGUACAGUAGUCAGGUGGGCAAAUCAUUAGGUCCAGAGUGAAUGUGAUAUCCUGUGGUGAAAAAAAGGUGGACCCAACGGCCAUUAUCAUUAUAUGAAAAUGUGAUAAUGAUUGAGAGAAAAGACAAGUCUGAAACAGGGUAGAAAACAUAAUUUUUAAUUACUCAUCAAAAGUGUCCAUCAAAAGACAUGCUUUGUUGUCACAUGUAGCUCAAGAAAACCCUGUACCCUAAUUGCUAAGGGGGAACUAUGCUUGUGUGCAGAAAAUGACUGUUUAAAAUAUUGUAAGUGCCCCCAUGCUCUCAUUCAUGUGAUAAUGCCAUGGCCAUUGAUGUGUUGAACACAGAACUGUGGUGUGCAUGUGUGUGUGUUAUAGGGACAGAACAAAUAGCUGUGAUCAGCUUGCAAGUUUCUGUCACUGAAGGGUUCAUAAGCUUGCCUGUCACUUCCGUGCGUUGUACACUGCUCCUAAGGUAUGACCUUAGUGUAAUUGUUGAUAUUCCAUUUGCUGCCAGACCUUAUUCAGCCAAAGUCUAGUAUUGGUGUUGUCCUUUCUACCCUUUGAUGAACUCUCAGAGACUGUUUCCCAUUUAAGCUUCUGCCAGCAUUUCACUUUCUUCUGAGAGAUUAUAAGUUGCCUGUUUGUGGUGAACUAUGUAGUGUGCUAAUGCACACUAAUAAGUGAAAGACGGUUUCAGUGAGCACAGACUAGUAGAGGGAGAAACCCUGUGCCCGGAAACUCAAUUUCAAAAAGCAGCUUAUUAGGGGGAUUCUUUCAGUCCUUGGGAAACCUGCAAUGACUUUGGAGAUGAUAAAAAAUGCCAAGAGAAGAGAGAAACUCCCUCCUCACGCACAUAUCAAUCUCUUAUCCCAUCAUGUGAACAUCCGGCCAUUCCCCACUCCCUUUCCUCCCUCCCUCCUGCAGGGCCCAACUGCUGUAGUUACACUGCCUUGUUGUUACCCAAGUCAGAUAUUGCAGUGCUGGUCAAUGGCUGGGUGUAACUAUGAAAUUAAAAGUGAGUCUACAGGCUCUUACUUGUGACUUGUACAGAAAUGAAACAAAUAUAAGAAAAAUCAAACAAGUGGAGAAUCACCCAAGUUUAUUCAUCACUGUGUUUAGCCCUCAGCUAAGUUUAAAUUUAAUACCUUAUACACUCUCCCAUUCACUAACACAGCAAAAUUUUCUGUGACUAAUUACACUGUCUGUGUCUGUCCAGUCAUCCCAUGGUGUCCUGCACUGUCCCAGUUUUGCACAGGUUUACUAAUUCUAUUUAAUUUAUUAUCUUGAUUUGUAAUAUAUUGAGUGCAAUAGAAUCUCCCAACCUAAAACAAGAAAUUACUAUGCUUGGACUAAGUUGAAAAGUAUCUUUUUCUUAUUUUAUCCUACCAAGAUGAAAUUAUAAGAUGCAUUGUUAUAUUACCUCCCAACAAGCAGCCCUCACUCAGAGUUUGUUUUGUGCAUAGUGAAGAAGAAUGUUUCCAUAUUAAUUGCUGUGUAUGCAACAAAUGAAAACCCAGCAGAGAAUGCCAUCCAUCAUUUUAGUCCUCACAAAAAAUGGAGAUAAUCAUGGCCAGUUUUUAUACUACACAUUAUGGGUAUUGAAACUCAAAUGUUACAUUAUUUUAUAUAUCAUACUUACACAAUUUUAUAUUUCUAUUUUAAAUGAACCACGUGUAUAUUUGUAGCCGUGAUUGUCUCCUAUUUUGUGUGAAUUAGAUACUGGCGAGAUCAGUUCCAUGUUUUGUGUGUUGGAUAUGGUCUUACAAGUAAUAGGUGGGUUUAGUCCACCCAACCCGUAUUUUAUGUUCAAGAUGAAUGUGCUUUCAUUAUUGGCUCAUUUUGUACAUUUAAAUUUAUUCAUGCUGUUUUCCUUUUACAUCAUGGCUAAUUUUGUUUUUCUUUUCUUAAGGUAAAAUUGAAACCAGUGAAUGGGUUCUAUUGGAGUGUGUAAAAAAACAUAUUCCAAAAAAUGUGUUGUCAUGGUAAGACUUUUCAUUCAAGCCAACCAUUUCAUUGCCAGUUUGUUGCCAGAUUUAGCAUCAGUGAAUAGUCUGAAGUCAGUCCAGUACCCCAGUUUGACUGCAGAGUAAAAUAUAAAUAAUGUAUAAAGAUGAGCACCUCAACAUAGCAAAGGAUCUUGGAUAUGAUAGAAGCACCCUGGAUGAAGCUCUGUGGUCCAGUGUGGAAAAUGAGACGCAUUUCACAAAUUGUGAAAAUAGAGAAACGUAAGUAAGAGCUGCAAGCACCAAUGCCCUGAAGAGCAUAUUCCUCAUUUUAUAGAGAUUCUUGACUGCCAUGUGUUCCAUGGAACAAAACAUCAAAAGAUUGAACUGUAGGAUCAAAACUGAUUGUCCUUUCUAAAACUAAAUGUCUCGGGUGCAUCCCCAGUAAGUGCAACCCAAGAUAGGCAUGUUUACCUAUUGCAGUGAUGCACUUGUAGGGUUUAUAUGUACGUAUAUAGUUUACCUAGUUGAAUAUAGCAGAGUAUGGCUCUGCAGUCAUGGCUGUGAAGCUCUCCCAGACUCCUGUCGCCUCCCAGCCAUUGAGAGCUGAGGAGAAAGACACCGACAGGUUCUGCUGUGUUGUUGCAGUCCAGCUUUUAAAUAAUGUUGUAAUGAAAAACUUGUAUUGAACUGGAAAGUCUGACUGAAGAGUCUUACCAUGUGUGUCAUAAAUGUAGUGAGUGGGAGUCCUCUGGUGCCAGUCCAAUGAAAAGCUCUAUUGAAAACUUUUCUUUAGCAUUUUUCAUAAUUUAAUAGUAUAUUUUGCAAAUUAAAAUUGGCCACAGCAAUAUAUAUAUACAUAUAUAAAUAUAUACAUAUAAAUGUUGUAGAAUUGCAUUUAUGACAAACUUGGUGGCAGUUUUUAAGAGUAGUCCCUUUACAGCACUGUUAGAUUUGCAUUAUAUUUUGAUAGAAAUUUUAAAUUUUAGGGAAAUGUCAGGUACCCAGAAUCUGUAAAACCAAAUACUCUGAUCAGGAGAGGUUCUAUUGUAUAAUUGUGACUACCUUUCAGCUUCAUUUAGUCAAAAUGAUGUUCAUAUGUAUCCUUUGAUGUAAGUAAUCACAGUGAAUUAUAAUUUAAAGAGAAUAUUUUUAGCUAUGUUAUGAUUUGUGAAUACCAAGUGCAUGUUUGUGUCUCCUUUGUAACGCUGUUAGCAAAACCUGUGUUUUUGGAAACGUGUGAUGACUAGAUAAUCAAAAUUUAGUAGAAUUUAUUUAGAUGUAGGAAUUUCUACAUAAAAAGCACCAAGCAAUACAACUCAUUGAGGUAAGAACUAUUUCAGUUGCUAUGUUGUUACUGAAGAGUGAUGAGUAACAAUCAAAACAUCCCUGACUGUGUAGGUAGGUAUUUUCAUACGUCACUUCAUAAUAAGGAAAGAAUCUUAGACUGUAAGUCCCAAUGAAGGAGGAAGGAAGGAGUGAGUAUUCCUAUGGAAGUUCCGCGUGUGAUAAUUUGGAUUCUUGUAUUUUGGAAAGGGGAGGGAGAUAAUGUGGCAAAGUGGUCCAUAUCCUACGUGCCAGAGUGGGCCACUGGUCUUCACAUUCCACACCCUCUCAGUUAAGGUUUAUUGUCAGGGUGAUUGCCACUAGAAUUGUUCCUAUUAAGAUGUAAUUCAGCUUGCAUAAAGUUUUAGCCAAUCAUUUCAUGUAGUUUACAAAAAGUGGUCUUGGAUUUGCAGUUUUAAGUUGCCUGCAUCUUUCUCCAGUAUUUGUAGAUGUUUGCUUUUAGCCAUUUUGUUACAGGAACUAUUUUGUUUUGAUGAUGCCUCAGGGCGACCACUUUCACUGCCUCAUUGACAGUUCCAAUAAUCAAGCAAUCGUCCAGGGCAGCUUGGUGGGAGCAUUGGGACUUUGUGGAGGAAGGCUGCCAAACAGGAAGACAAAGUACUAUGCAUGUUAUUGAAAGGCUAUCUGUUAUUUCUAGAUUGUAAUGUAUGGAACACUGAUGAUUAUGCUAAGAUGCAAAGCUAUUUUUGUCAUGGUAUGGUGUGUUUAGUUCAAAAGUGGCUUGGUCACCAUUGGCACUUGAAUCCUUCCCCUUGGCAAGUCCAAAUGCUAUCACAGCUGUUGUUUUGCUUUGUGGCAAACUCCCUGACAGACCUCAAGAGACGUGUCUUAUUUUCUUACUGAUGUAGUCUCACAAUUACUUUGUGUGUCUUCUAUUAUCAUAACUAUCGUAAUCAGUGGCAUAUUCUCCGGCAACAUCCACUGAUGUCUGGGAAACAACAACUGAAAGGGCUGUUUAUGGUAUAUACAGCUUGACAAUUAUAUACAAUACACAUACAUACUCUUCGCAACCUUGGUGUAAACUCUUGAGAAGGCAGAUUAAAAUUUUGUAAUUGUGCUAAAGGUCUUAGAAAAAAGGCUUUUGGAGUAGAAUUUCAGUCAUUCUCUUUUGUUUACCCAUCAAGAAAGUCACAAUGAAAUCCGCAAAUGCCUUGAGCACGGAGGACAGCAUAGCCUAAUUGUUUUAUAUAAUUUUAUUUAUUGAGCUGAAGCAUUGCUAGAAGAGCGUAUGUUGUGUACUAUAAUGUUGUAUAAAGUUUGUAAAAUAGUCAAGAAAUAUUUUAUAUUUUUAGUUGAUAAGGUAUGAGAUCUCCAAUUUUGAACUCUUAAUUGUUUGAAUAUGGAAUGUGAUUUGUUUUUAGUUUGCUAUCGAAAUGGAGGUGCCAGUUUAGGCACCACAGUGCAGUGAAGCAAGGGAACUUUGGGGGAUUAGAUGUAAGUGAAAUUAGGUAUUCAAUUCCAAAGUUACUUGUAACACUCAUCCCUGGCUCUGCCCCCUUAGGUCCAAUGUAUCAAUUUUUGUAUAUAUGAUUCUACAUUUUCUUAUUCUCAUAUCUUCAUCAUUAUUGUAAUUGUAUUCUAUACUUUACCUUCCUUCUUAUAUAUGUCUGAUGAAUUUAGAUCUUGUACAAGAAAAAAAAAUAUUGUUGAGCUUUCUUUGCUAAUACUUUUUUUUUAUAUGGUCAUUAUAGUGUCUGUUUUAUUAUACUGCUAUGAUUUGAAAUUAGUUGAGAUCACAACAUUAUUAAGUCCAAUACUAUGUCAGUUUUGCCAACCUGAGUGAAUGCAGUACAGCAGUGGUUAUAUUUUUUCCAAGCUUCUUAUAGUAACAAUUAUUCUAUUUGCAUUAGAUGAUGUCCUAUGACUCUGCUCAAGCUGACAGGUUGACAUGACUCGUAGUGACCCCGAUGCAACAGCUGUAAAUUGUAGCUUUUUCCUAGUCAUAUCAAUUAUCCCUCCCUCCUGUCACAGAUAGUUGAAGGUCAGCUACAUGUUGGUUUGAUGCCUCUUGAUAAAAAUGUCAUAGCUGAUAAGCCUAGCAGAUGAUGCCAAGCUCUUCAUUUUGAGACUCAAGUUACCAUCUUUGUUGGAAGUACAUUGAUCCAGUGAAUGUACUAGAGGUCUUAGGAAAGGUGAUGGUCAUCCAUCCUGAACCCACCAAUGGCAGAGAGCUACUUAGUUGACCUACAUUAGGAACAAAAGCACAAGGGUCCUCCUGUACCAUAGUAGACAUUAUAUUGUAAAGAUGUAUUACUCAAAGUGAUCAAUUGUAAUCCAUUGUGAUGAUAAGGUAACAGAAGCCCUGAAGCUUUUUACUCCUGGCUACUGUGACAAGUUCUGCUGACAUAUUUGUAUUUUGUUCAUUCCUAACCUUCAAAGCAGUUGUAUGUGCAAGUUCUUUGUGUUCAAGAAAAUAAAGUUUGACAGAAAUAU